GGACAGAUUGAAAUGGGGAGGAGUAUGACACACUGAGUUCAGCUCAGGACAGACGGAAGGACAAACAAGCGAAAGGACGAUUUGGCAGAAAAAUAAGAGGAUAAUAAAGCAUACUGAGUAUUGCCUGCCUUACGGAAAAUGUCUCUGUCUCCAGUUGCCUUGGCUGGUCGUCGAGUGUUGGCAGCUGCGUCACAUUCGAGCCAUGAGGGAAAAGCAAAGACCUGGAAGAUACUGUCCUUCGUGUUGGCCUUACCUGGCGUUGGUCUCUGCUGGCUCAACGCUUACCUGAAGGGGAAGGCACAUCCGCAUGAACAGCCAGAAUUUGUGCCAUACCCUCACCUGCGUAUCCGCACCAAGAAAUUUCCCUGGGGCGAUGGAAACCACACUCUGUUCCACAACCCUCACACCAAUCCCCUGCCUGACGGCUACGAGAGCAUCGAUCACUGAGAGGAUCAGUCCCAUUCCUCAGCUGUGUCCUACUGCUUGCUAGAAAAAAACUCCAGUCCGCAGUGCACUUGGCUUAAUUGUACAGACCGAGGGGCCAAGCAGUUCCGCCAUCCAGUGGUGCACGCAGACAGUAAUAAAACCACUUUGUGCCGUGUUA